AUGGACCCGCGACUUAAGAUGCCAGGAUUCAAUUCCGAUCUCUAUCCCGAGUCCCAGGUGGUUGCAGCGGGUUACGGGAGGUCAGCUGGGUUUCAGAAUGCCUUAGAUCCAAGCUAUUGCAGUCAAGAAGAUACAGGUCUUCUCUUUACGCACAGAGAGAUCCUGAUGAUGCGAGUGAUGAAUACCAUUACUGACAAGCCUGCAUGGGAUCAAAAGGUUUUCGACGAGCAAAUCACUGCCAAAUGGCGUGAGGAGAUCUCUCAAAGUGGCCAGGAUGUGUCCUCUAGAAUGAUGGAUUGGAUAAUUGAUGAGCUUCAAUGGAAAGCUAGAAUCUACAAAGAAAAAGGAGCCAUCCAUGUCUUCGAUUCUGGGGUGGUCAAGUCCGACAUCGCGAUCUCUCAGCAGAUCCAACAGGCUUUGAAGGACGCAGUCGCCCCCAUGGAACACAUCCCCCAAAAGGACAAAGACUAUCAUCCAGGCUCGGAUCAGAAAGUUGUUGACCUGGUGCAUCCUUCGCUUUUCCCGGUGAUCUACGGUCGAACCCGUAUAUUACCAGACCGUGUCAUUGGUCUAGAUGACUGUCUUGGUAGCAUCGGAGAAGGCGACUUGAUACCAAUCCCAUCAGAGAAAAAUUCAACCAUGCCGCCGCCACCAUCAAGAUGGCAUGAGGGUCCCUCGGUACUGAGCGGAAGAUUCCAAUGGCUCCCUUGCGACGUCGAAAUGACAGAGGGUGAUGGUUGUCGAAUCCUGUCAUACAUCAACAACGCUCAUCCUAUCGAACAUCGUGCGCUAUACGAAGUCAUUGAACAGAUAAUCGCGCGAACGAUUCCCCUCUGGGACAUGAGUCUGAUACAAAGAAAUUAUGGACAUCGACACAGAAUUGAAUUCCACGGAGUCGAGUAUGGCGAAGCUCCCACGCCGAAGCCAACAGAGCCAGAGGGGGACUACGACGAGGACCAACAUUGUGAGGACGAUUGGGCUUGGCUGGCAUCCAGACCGAUCAAGCAGCCCGAGCCAGGCCGGUUCGAUAGAAAUUACGCGCUAGAUUACUACGAUGAGCCAGUCAACCUGCGAGAGCAGUUCAAAAAUCAGAACCUCCAGGUGAUUGUGAAGCUGGCGAAUAUCGAACUGACACCCGACAAGCCCGACUAUGAGGGUGGCACCUGGCACAUAGAGGGCCAAUUGAACGAACGAAUUUGCGCAUCAGCGAUCUACUACUACGACAGCGCCAACAUCACGGAAAGUACAUUGGCCUUCCGUCAUCGAGCCAUGGCCGAAUUUGAUAACAUCGAUUACGAGCAAGAUCUCCACCAAUUUCUGCAGGUUAUCUUUGGAUUUCCACCCGAGGUCGACGGACGUAAUCAGGAUUAUAACAAGACUCAAGUCGACGGAGACAUUGUCUGCAAAGAAGGCCGAUUAAUCACGUUCCCGAAUAUCUUGCAACACUGCGUCUCUCCCUUUUCAUUGGCUGAUCGGACCAAACCAGGACACAGGAAGAUUCUUGCACUGUUUCUUGUGGAUCCUCAUCGACGUAUUAUCUCGUCGGCAAAUGUUCCACCACAACGGGAGGAUUGGAGGGAGGGUCAAGGUGAUUGGGGGAUGAAAGGGUCAUUGAUGACAAUGGAGGAGGCGAAGGGACAUAGGCUUUCGCUAAUGGAAGAGCGGAGUGUUCGGAAGGAGAAGAAUAAUCGUGAAUUUGCGAGAGGGAGUUUCUCCCUUUGUGAACAUUAA